CUCGCCCCGCCCCGCUGGCCCCACUCCCGACUCCACUCUGGCGUCCGCCUUGCAGGUCCGGCUGGUCUGGAGCCAGAAGAGCUCUGCGCUUGAGGAUGCAGGCCUUCUUGUUCCUGGUGAGGCUGGUGGGCCUCCUGAGCCUGACUUCCAGGUUCCUGGCAACGUCGGCGUUGCAAGAAGGCCUCCCAGAGAGCGUGGUGGAGGCUCUCCUGAGGCCCUCACACGUCCGUGAGCGGCUUGCGGGUCUGCAGGUGAGGGGCUCCAACUUCACACUGGGGAACAUGCCUUUCCUCAUCCUGUCGGGCACCAUCCACUACUUCCGCGUGCCCCGGGACUACUGGAAGGACAGCCUCCUGAAGCUGAAGGCCUGCGGCUUCAACACCGUCACCACGCAUGUUCCUUGGAACCUCCAUGAACCAAGAAGAGGCCAGUUUCACUAUAGUGGAAACCUGGAUUUGAUCGCUUUCAUUUCCUUGGCGUCAGAGGUGGACCUGUGGGUCAUCCUGUGUGUCGGCCCCUACAUCGGGAGCGACUUGGACCUCGGAGGCUUGCCCAGCUGGUUACUCAAGGAUUCUCAUAUGAAGCUGAGAACAACUCACAAGGGCUUCACAGCAGCAGUGAAUCACUAUUUUGAUGACCUGAUUCCCAGGAUUAGAGGAUUCCAGUUCCAAGAAGAGGGCCCCAUUAUUGCCGUGCAGAUGGAGAAUGAGUACGGUUCCUAUAAUCUGGAUAAAAGAUACAUGCCGUAUAUUAAAAACGCACUGCUGAGCAGAGGGAUCAAGACGAUGCUCAUGACGGCGGACACGGGCCAGGGACUCCUGAAGGGGCACACACCGACAGUGUUUGCCACCCUCCACAUGAAGAGCAUAAGGCAGAAAACGUACGAACACCUCUCCUCAGCUCAGGGCCCUGGCCCGGUCAUGAUGAUGGUGUACACCGCCAGGUCUCUGGACGGGUGGGGCACUUCUCGGAACACUCUGGACUUGCACAUGCUGAUGGAGAGUGUCCGGGAGAUGCUGAAGCUCAGGUUCUCCCUCAACUUCUACAUGUUCCACGGCGGCACCAACUUCGGCUUCAUGGGCGGGGCCGCGUUCCCCGGCCAUCGCCUCCCUAUGGUCACCAGCUACGACUACGGGGCGCUGCUGACAGAGGACGGAGACUAUACACCUGAGUAUCUCGUAUUUCAAGAGUUUUUUCGCCCUGACGCAGAGGUUCCCAGCUACCAGCAUCAAGACCGCAGACCUAAGGACAUGUACGCUCCCCUGGCCGCAGGUCACUUCAUAUCCCUGUGGGACACCCUGAUUCACCAGGACGACGAGCCCGUGAGGUCCACGGGGCCGCUCUCCAUGGAACAGCUGUCCGUGAACGAAGGUAGUGGCCAGUCUGCUGGGUAUAUACUUUACGAGACCGUCAUCACCAGAGGAGGCGUCCUAAACUCGGAUGGGCAUGUGAAGGAUCGGGGCCAGGUGUUUUUGGAUGACAAGUAUAUAGGAGUCCUGGAUGACGCGCAUCAAAAGCUGACUCUUCCCAGCGACCGUUACAAGGAGUUCCUGAUGCUGCGGAUCCUGGUGGAGAACCAAGGCCGGCUUGCCUCCGGGACCAGCAUGAACCAGGAGAGGAAAGGUCUUACUGGAAACAUUUAUCUAAACGGUUCUCCACUGAGAAAAUUUAAAAUCUACAGCCUGGAGAUGCAGAAUAAAUUCAUACAGAGGAAACUUCCCAACAUCUGGAAGCCCAGCUUUCUCCACGCUGUGGGCCCUGCGUUCUUCCUUGCCUUCCUGAGAGUCGGCAGUCAACCCAAGGACACCUUCAUGAGCCUGCAGGGCUGGACGAAAGGAGUGGUCUUCAUCAACGGACAGAACCUGGGGCGCUACUGGAACCUCGGGCCCCAGGAAACGCUUUACGUCCCGGGACCCUGGCUCAAGCCCGGGUUAAAUGAGAUCAUCGUGUUUGAGGAGUUCAAGUCCACCCUGCUGAUCUACUUCACCAACACUUCCCAACUGGGCCCGCCCAGUCACCGGGACCACCCCAGAGGCUCCGUGAGGCCCAAUCUUACGCCGGGUCUGCCGUCUGCUUCCCCACCAGCCGGCCCGUUCCUCCUUUGGCAUAAGUCAGCUUCCCUGUUACAGCAACACAAUAAACACAGCUAACUGACCAAAGCUAACCCUCGGUCACGCUUCUGUAAUAAAAGCAGUUGACCCCUGAGGACAGUGGUGAAGAGAUGCUCGGCACACUUGACCCCACAAAUGUGAAUCCGGAACAAAAGGUGUCUUCCCAAGAAAUCAAAUAAAAU